CGCUUCAAGGACAUCUUUGCAGAGAUCUAUGAGCAGGGCUACCGCGAAAAGUUCGACAAGCUGGGCAUCUGGUACGAGCACCGGCUGAUUGACGACAUGGUCGCCCAGGCGCUCAAGUCAAAUGGCGGCUUUGUGUGGGCCUGCAAGAACUACGACGGCGACGUCCAGUCGGACAUUGUCGCCCAGGGCUACGGCUCUCUCGGUCUGAUGACCUCGGUGCUGGUCUGCCCGGACGGGAAGACCAUCAUUGCGAGCAUCUUCGCGUGGACGCGCGGUCUGGAGCACCGGGCGAAGCUGGACGACAACCGAGAGCUGCUGAAGUUCGUGAGGACGCUGGAGAAGAGCUGCGUCGAGGCGGUGGACGACGGACAGAUGACCAAGGACCUCGCCGGCGCCAUUCACGGACUCAAAAACGUCAAGGAGGGCGACUACCUCAACACGAUGGACUUUAUGGACGCCAUUGUGGAGAAGCUGGAGGCGAAGCUGGAGAAGCAGGCAGAGUAA